GGAAGGAGAUACGGACUAGUAGUAAUCCAGUUUUUCCUCUCCCAAUCCCAACACGAUAGCGCGUCUUCGUCUCCCAGCCGGUGCCGCCCGUGCCUCCCUGCCAUCGCGUGUCCUCUGCCCCGGACGAGACGGCGACAGGUCGGUGUCGCGGGGGACGAGCUAGCCUGCGCCGACCACGGGUCUCCCGCCCGCCGCUCGUUUGAUUCCGAGACAGCGGGCCGAGGGAACCGGGGAGGAAGAAGCGAGGCGGCGUGCGGGGAGGGGGCGGAGCGGUUCCCAAGAUUGGUUCCUCUUUCCUCACCGACGAGAGAUAGAUAAUCUGCGCCUCCUUCGUCGUCCUCCUACGAGACAGCAGCAGCCAGCGGACGGACGGAAGCCAGCCACAAAGAGGGGAGGGGAAGCUGGAGGGGAGCCGGAGCUGAGCAGCAAUGGAGGCGCAGAUGGCGGCAGCCCGCCCGCCGACGCACCACCACGGCCACAACCACAGCCACAGCCACCACCAGCAGCAGAAGGCGGCCAACCUGGCGCGCACCUUCACCAAGCUGCUCCGCCGGAAGCGCUCCGACUCCGCGGCGGCGGGGGCCGGGGCCAAGGAGACGCCGGAUGCGCCGCCGUCCGUCGCCGGGGACGACUACGACAGCUCCAUGGACGCCACCACCACCACCGCCACCACGGCCACCAUGCCGUCGCUCAGCAAACUCAAGCUCUCCGGGAACCUCGCCGCGGCCUACUCCCUCGACGCCUUCUUCCGCAACGCCGCGGAGAAGAAGGCCGCCGGGGCACCACAGCAGCAGCAGCAGCCGUCGCCGCAUGCCGCCGCGACGGUUGCCGCCGCCGCGGACUCCCUCCUCGCCAAUCUGUUCGCCGGCGUCUCGGCCGUCAAGGCGGCCUACGCGCAGCUGCAGCUCGCGCAGUUCCCCUAUGACGCGGAGGCCAUUCAGUCCGCGGACGCCGCCGUCGUUGCCGAGCUCACCAGGCUGUCCGACACCAAGCGCAGGUUCCUCAAGGACCCCGCCGGCGCCGCCAGGGACGCCGCGGCGGCCGGCAACACCGCCCUCUCCGCGCACGCCGAGGAGCAGCGCCAUCUGCUCAAGACGUACCAGAUCACGGCGCGCAAGCUGGAGGCGGAGCUCCGUGCCAAGGACGCGGAGCUCGACCGCACCAAGGGCUCCCUCGAUGCGGAGCUCCGGGCGGAACGCGCCAUGGAGGUGCGGCUGCAUCCGGGCCGCACCCUCGCGUCGCUGGACGAGCUCCACGUCUCCGGCCUCAACCCCACCCACUUCCUCACCGCCCUGAGGCACGCCGUGAAGUCGAUCCGGUCCUUCUCCAAGUCAAUGCUCACCUCGAUGCAGGCGGCUGGGUGGGAUCUGGCGGCGGCGGCGGCCGCCGUCCACCCGGGCGUCCCGUUGCGACGGGCCGGGGACGCCAAGUUCGUCUUCGAAUCCUACGUCGCCAUGAAGAUGUUCGCCAAUUUCCACCGAAGGGACUUCAAUUUCAGCUUUCUGGACGAGCGGGAGUUGUACGAGCGGCGCCGCUUCUUCGAGGAGUUCACGGAGCUCAAGGCGGCGCCGGCCAGCGUCUUCCUCGACGUGCGGAACGCCCGGUGGAGCGGGUUCGGCAAGUUCCUGCGCGCCAAGUACCUGUCGCUGGUGCACGCGAGGAUGGAGACGGCCUUCUUCGGGAGGCAGGAGCAGCGCGGCAUCGUGAGCGCCGGGCCAGGGUUCCCGGAGAGCUCGUGGUUCGCCGAGUUCGCCGAGAUGGCGCGCCGCGUGUGGCUGCUGCAUUGCCUCUUCUACGCGUUCGACGGCGGCGACGAGGAGGACGGAGCGUCCAUCUUCCAGGUCCGGACCGGCGCGCGGUUCGCGGAGGUGUACAUGGAGAGCGUCAACGACGGGCGCACGGAGGACGCGUUCUGCACCGCCGCCGAGGAACGCACCGUCGGGUUCACCGUAGUACCGGGGUUUAGAGUCGGCCGGACGGUGAUCCAAUGCCGCGUGUACCUGGCGCGCCCGGGACGGCGGCCGUGAUCAAUCAGGAAGUUAGAACCGUCCUGUUUGGGAGCGUCCGGCGGACGACGACUGGGGAGGGAGAAUCCCAUUUUGGGGCGGCCGUCGAGGUCUCUCGCCGGUUGCCGGCUGGGGUGGUGAUGAAGAUGAUCAAUGGCGGUGGUGAUGGGGGUUAUGUAUAUCUAUUAAGGGAUGUAGCGAUGUGAUCAUAAUAUAAGUGGCAAUUUCAGUUCGGACCCA